UCCGCAGCCUAUGAUGUAUGAUGCACAUAAUAUGGGCUUGUCUCUCAGUCUCUCAGUCUCUCACAUAUCUCAUAUUUGUAAACAAGACAUUGUACAAAAUAUAAAACAACGUAAAUUUCUUAUUACAGCACACUAAUGAUGAGAAAAGUUCUUUUUACAAUUUUUUUUUUUAUUUUGGCAAGUCAAGGUGAUAGCUUAUAUUGUUAUAGAUGUAACAGUAACCAUCCUGGAUGUGGGACACCUUUAAAUUGGUUAUGGUAUUGGGGAGAAACUUGUCCAGAAUAUGAUGACAAAUGUGUGAAAAUAAUUGAACGGAAAGGAGCUGAGACAAUCAUUACACGUGAAUGCCUAAGCUCUGUACGUAGCUUUAGAACAGAUAUUCCUGCAGAUCAUUACGAAGGUUGUAGACCUGCUGCUAAAGAUGUACGAUUAGGCCAUUAUGUUAAUAAUAGUAUUCAUCAAUUAGAUAUCCAUCGUGAUUAUUACGAUGAAGUUACUUGGUGUUUCUGUUACUUUGAUCACAGAUGUAACAGUGCAGAGAAGACAACUGUUCCAAUAUUGCUUCUAACUUUAAUAAUUGCUAUAAAAUAUUUCAUAUCUUGAGAUUAUUGCGCAAUAUUUUGCAAAAUGUUUAAAAGCAUUUUUAAUAGAACAAAAACAUUUAAAUUAAAAAACAAAACCAUUUAAUUUGUUUUAAAGCAUUUUAAUAGAAUAAUUCCCCUAAAAAGGAAUUAUUUAUAAGAUACACACCUAUCAUUAUCUGUCAUUACAUUAUAAUGACAUGUAACAUGACAAUAAUUACAAUAUUCUUUAACUAAUUUGAAUGUGAAAAUUUUAAUAUGUAGAGGUUAUGAUACUUUUCAAAUAGGAAGCAACUAAUGCUAACAAAUAAUAAUAGCUAAUAAAAGUUUAUACAGUUAGGUAUGAUGCAAUGUAGUAAUAAAAGCAUGCACUGUUAUCUUUUUUCCAAUACUAGCAAAAAAGAAGUAGUGCACACAUGUUUUUAUCUAUAUUUAUGUAUCAUAUUGUAUUCGUAUGCACAUAAAAUUUAUUAUGAAAUUUAUUAACUUGCCAUUUGAAAAGUAUUUUGAUAUUUCAAUAUUAGAUAUCUUUUCAAAGUACCUAAACAAUCUUUACUGCAAGAGUUCUUGUUUUAUAUUUUCAAGUUAUUAUUUAUGAUAUAUGAUAGACAUAAGUAUAAAUUUAUGUUAAUAUAUAAUGAAUAUUCUUUACAAAACAAGAUUGUUACAUAUCGCACUGCCGUCCAUUAAUAUAAUAAUCCCAAAAAAAUUAUAUAUAAAAUAUAUUAUACAUAAUAUAUCUAUUUUGGUUUCAAUACACAAAUCAUUUUACUAUAUUGUAAUCUAUUUUAUAUCAAACAUAUAAAAAUUUGUAUAUUUUAUAAUAAAAUAUUCUUUAA